AUGUUUGCAGCUGCGCGAGAAGCGGAAUCCUUGGCGUGGCCACAGGAUAACGUGCGCAACAUCUGCAUCCUGGCACAUGUCGACCAUGGAAAAACGACCUGCGCGGACAAUUUGAUUAGUACGAAUGGCUUCAUCUCACCGCAGUCUGCCGGAAAGAUCCGGUAUCUUGACUCCCGUGAAGAUGAACAGGAGCGUGAGAUCACCAUGAAGUCCAGCUCCAUCGCCCUGCGUUGGCAAGGCCUGAGCAGGACCUUCCUGGUCAAUCUCAUAGAUUCUCCCGGCCAUGUGGAUUUCACGUCCGAGGUGUCGACAGCCGCGCGGCUUGCGGACGGUGCCCUGAUCGUGAUCGACGUGGUGGAAGGCGUGGAGGCGCAAACUCGUACAGUGCUGCGCCAAGCGUACCGAGACCGGGUCAAGUCCUGCUUGUUCCUGAAUAAGGUGGACAGGCUGAUCGUAGAACUUGAGCUCCCGCCGAUGGAGAUAUACCAGAGGCUCGCGCGGAUUGUCGAGCAGAUCAAUGCUGCUAACCAGCAGUUGUUCUCGGAGGAGGUUAUGGCGAAGGGCGCUGCCAGGAAACCGAGCACAGCAGAUGUCAACAUGGAGUCCUUAGAUCUUUCGCAGGCAUUAGACUUCGAGGAUGAGGAGCUCUGGCGCUACUCCCCGGAGUUGGGGAACGUCGCCUUCGGUUCGGCAGUUCACGGCUGGGCUUUUCGAAUAGAUAGCUUCGCGCCGUUGAUUGCCAAGAAGCUUGGAGCGAAGAAAGAGAACCUUCAGAAGGUUCUUUGGGGCGACUGGACCUUCAACAAGAAGACCAAGCGUGCCCAGAAGCGGACGUCGGAGGCUGGACCCGGGGGCGCGCCCCUCUUCCCAGCUCUCGCUGCUUCGGCCGACAGCUGGUGUGGUACCGCGACUGGAGGUCGCAUGCCCAAGGCCAGGGUUUACUGGCCGAUUUACCCGCUCUUGAUUCUUGGCACUGGCCUUGUUAUCUGGGGCAGUUUUGGUGGUGCGAAGCCACGAGAGCAGGGCGCCAAGCCCGCCGUGGCACCGUCGGCUUCGACGAGCUCGGUCGAAGGCGAGGAAACUCUUGCGGGCAGGCAGAACCUCGCUGGCAGCGCGUCGGCGGUUCAAUCACUGUCUACACGGGCCACGCAAGACUUAUGGACGGCGGCACCGGUGCCUUUUCUGGCAGGGACGGCGGAGCAGAACCUCCAGCGGAGGACCAACCUUACCAACAAACUUGCCAAACGCCUGUCCGGCAACGAGCGUGCGAAAGCCGACAUGGCCGUCGCUUUGCAGGCUUGGUUUGGCUUUGUCAGCCAGCAUAUGCUCGGCCUUCUGGCGCAAGUCCGUGCAAUCGGACAACGGUUGGACGACGACACGGCCGUGGCUGCCAGGGAGAUGCGCGAGAUCCUUUCCGAGCAGCCCUCAGAGACCACAGCGGCUCAGGUGAACAAGGCUCUAGCUGCGGUGGGACCAAUCUGGUCAGAGCCUCAGGAACAGGAGGUGCUGCAACUUGCUGCCCGCCUUCGCGCUUUUGGCACAGUUACAAUGCAACCAGUGGGCAACACCGUGGCCAACUCCGCUGGAGGGCUGCCACCAGGUGCGCAGCUUGUGGAGGAUGGCGUUCCUUCUGGUCGCACAAGCACGACGGAUGCUACACUCACCUUGGUUUCUCCUCAACAAUGGGGCGACACUGGAGGAGUGCGGCUUGGAGCUCAUCUGGAUGUGGGCUCUGUGGCAAGCUUUGGUGCCACGGACGAAGAUCUCCUAGGCCUCGACGGCUCAGGCGAUCCAGCCAUACAGAUUCUCGCCACGGAGUUACCUGGCGUAUCUACUAUGGAUGUUCGGGCCCCGACCGCAGUGCCGCCGCCUCUGAUUCCAGCUGGUGUAGAUGCGACAGCGUUACCUGUCUCCACAGGGGGCAGAUGGAGGAAGCGAAGUGGUGGCCACACGGAGAGGCCGUCCAAAAGCCCACGUCGGGAGAUCGACACGGGCACGCCGUGGCCAUCCUUGAAGACAGGUCGCACACCGGACAAAGUGCCCAGGUCUUCGCUCCUGGCUGCUGUGGAAGACGAAGCGGAGCUGAUCCCGGCGGAGCGCGAGCCCCCACGCACUUGGGAGCAGGCAUGGACUGCUCUUUUGCAGUUUGCAGUUUCUCAGGGAGGGGAACGUGUGGGCGAACUUGCUUCUUGCCCCGAACAAGAUGCAAUAGUCUGUCCCGUCCACAACGCCGAGAAAGAAAGCGAGGUCUUGACACACUGUGGUGUGGUCAGCCACCUGCCCCAAGGCCUUCUGGUCGCGGCACAUGAGGUCCCUUCAAAGGGUAUGUUGCUGUGGAGCCUGCAGAGGAGCUUCACGGCCUUUUCCGGAGUGUUCUGGCCCUCCGAUGGGGUCCUGUCUGGCGCCUUGGAUCCGGUUCCAGCACCAAUGCGAGACAUCGGGGUCUUUGCCCCGUCUUUGGCGCACUGUCUGCAGACAGCGGAAUGGAGUUGGCGCCGCCAGGUGGAAACACUGCCUUCCCUCCCACCGGAGCAGUACGUUCUUACCGAGCUCACCCUCCCGUGGUUUCGGAUCCGUGUUCCAGUUGACCUUCGUGCUGUCGGCGGCUCUGUCUCGCUUUUAGACACCUUCCGACACCAGCCAGGCGUAUGUGCUUCUGCUCCCGCAAGGAGACGCAUUGCAAGUGUGGCCUACGGUGACGUGUUUUCCACGAGCCUUUCGCUGCCUGGACCCGCGGAGCUUGCCUUUCAUUCCGAAACUGGGGUCAAUGCGGUGGUUCUGUAUGCCAACGGGCUGUUCUUUACAUUCGCCCCGAUGUUUGCGGUUGUCUCCCAGGCCUUAUCGAUUUUCGACCACUUGGUGCGGGGCUUGCCGUGCUUCCUUUCCAACCCGGAGCGAGCCCGGCAACUCGCCUGGCAAUGGCUGUGGCCACAUCCGGAGAACCAGUACCGGAUUGUAAGCUUGCUGAGUGACCGAGGAGCAGACGUCCUGAAGAGCGUGCUACUCAGGGCGCUGACACUGCUUUUCCCGGGAGGAAGCUUUCGCCUUGAUGAAGGGGUGUUUAUCACGUCUGCCGACCAAGGCCUGCUUCUGGUUGAAGUCCCUAAAGGAUUCACUAAGUACCGUCUUGAGUCAGCUCUGCAGUCUUGGUACGGUGAGCAUCGUUGUGGGACAAGUUGCCUCAUUCGACUGCCUCUUUCUGCGCCGGCGGUCGACUUGUUCUGUCUUAUUGAGCGCACGCACAGCACGCUCACGGUUCUGCUCACUGAUGUUUUGGAUUGCGGGGUCCUCCCGAUUGUCCUCACUGUGUCUGCCCCAGUCUCUGAGGAGCUUCCUUUGUCAAGCAUUCGUGGGUCGUCCUUUUGGAACGCGGUCUUAGACCAACAGCCAACCAUUUUGCGGCACUUUGCGCUUUCGGCGGCACAAGUUAGCUCAGGUUAUCCCUUCGUUUUCUUUCAGCUUGGAUUGGACUUCUGUCGCUUGUCUGAUGCAGGAUGGAGCCUGUUCUUCCGAGUUCCCGGGUUGAACAGGGAGUUCAAACUUUCCCUCUGCACUGGCCAGCUCAUGCGCCAUUUUCCGUGGGCCAUCCGAGUCGGAGAAUGGGUGAGAGCUGCUUGCACGCUGUCGGUGGAAUGGCCCGAAGUUAUGUCAAUUGGAGGGCUCACCACGUGGGACCUACCAGGUGUUGAGAUCCACGGACAGUUGGCUGUUUGGAAAUGGCCUGGUGAGGUGUCCUCUCUGGCUGGGGAAUGUGGGCACCUUUUCCAAGAAGGCCAUGACGCCUUCGCCUGCGACGCCACACGCGGCCUCCAGGCACGCAUCAAUGGGGUUCUGAACCAGCCGUCAGUUGCAGCACUUGCCAGUGUGGUCAGUCCUGCCGUUGGACGCAGCCUGACGACUCGAUCUUACCUAGGAUGGUGGUUCCUCCUCCCUUUUCUUCUUCAGGGCCCGGUGCCGGUGUUGGGUGCGGCCUCAGAUACUGACGAUGAAUGCCCAGAACCGCAGGUAUUCCCUCGAUAUGACAGUUCCCCGCCAGUGGCCGUGGCAUGGUGCUAUGAGCUAUCCUGCCAAACCACACACUUGGGUGUCAUGCCUGCCUCCCUUUGGGGAUAUUGUCAGGCUAACGCACCGACUGACACGAUUCGCUUCCACAUUUGGACACCCUUUCAAGGGCCUGCCAUUUUUGAUUACCCCAAGGGUGUUAUGGCCACUUAUGUGGCCAAUACUGCUAGGGGCGUUACUGCCACAGGUGAUUUCGUCUGGACGAGCCCUCAGAUUGUCCACGGGGUUGCGCACCUCUUGCAUGUGCCGUCCGGCUCGACCACAUCCACGAUAUUUUGGCUUUUGCAUUAUCGAGGUCGAGCUGCUGUCAUGAGCGUACCCAGAGCGGUCUUCGAUUGGCAGCAUGUGGGACAAACAGCUGCUGAGGAGUUUGGCUUGCCGUUCUUCUCGCAGGGACAGUUCGGUAUUUGGCAUGGGGGCCGGGUUAUUCCCUUCGGGUCUCAGUUGCCAGCACCAGGCCACGGGACCAUUAUUACCUUGGUGCGUAAUCUUCCGGUUCCUGCUGCGGGUUUCUCCUCUUGGGAUGCGCCAUCGGAUGCUCCGGCUUCCUUUCAUUUUGAUUAUGAUCUGUGCCGUGGUGCAGGAGGGGAACUUCCUCUAGCUGGCGAGACCUGCCUCCAAGUGCUGCCAUCAGGUAUGAGUCAGUCACCUCCACCACCUGCUGAGGCUGCUGGUCCGUCCCGCACGGCUCCAACGCGUUGGCCCACUAAGGAGCCCCACUCCGCCCCGCCUAGUGUCGUUCGGCAGGUCAAUGAAAUCAGUCAUCAGCUCACGAUGCUUACCUCACGACUUGAGGUUGCGGGCGUUCUCCCAGGGAGCGAGCCCGCGGAGGUGGGUGCCGCACCAUGGUUUCAUGGUCCUGAGGAGUUAACCAAUAAGGACAAGUCGACGGCUAGAACUGUACAUCCCGUUGCGCAAUGGGGCGUCUUUCUUCUUGGGAGGUUCCUAGGGCAGUCCGGUUUCGUGCUAGGGGUUCUCUCUGCCAUCACUCUUGUUCGUGGCGACGGCGAAGAUAGUGCCCCAUCGGAGCCCUCCCAGCCUAGCUCACCAGACCUUGCAGAGGUUACGGCCCCUACGCCGGCAGCCGAACUUGUGGGGACAGGAGGUGAGGACACCCAUCUACUCCGCCCGAGUGAUGAGGACGCUGCGCGCACUGGUACGCCGGUUGUUGGCCAAUGGCCCGCUGUUGCGCCAACCUUCGAUCAUGCGUCCAUUCCCACUUUGCAAGGACGUGUUAUUGCUUUCAUGUGUGAGGUCGACGACCGCAGCAACCGAAACCGACCUUUUCUGCCGGCGGGGUGUCCGCUGACUAUCCAUAAUCCCUUUACAGUUUCUGACCAAUGUAGCGUGGUCACCCCCCUUGUUGGAUCCGGGCAAGAAUUUCGGUUUCUGCUCCAAGAUUUCUCUGGCCGCCGUGGCUGGCAGCAGAUACUCCCUGUCCAACCGCAGCCCGAUACAGAGGCGGUUCAUCUGAUUCCCGCAGCAGCCGAUUCGGCACUGGCUUCCGUUGUGCUUCGCACCCAUCGAGGGCUUCACCCGGUUUGCCUUCCAGCUACGCUCCCGGUUGGUCCUACUCGGGCGUUGACCUUAGGUGGUCGUUUUGGCCGACUGCGCGAACCGUAUCCUCUUCGACGUAAUGUCGAACGGCCGGUGCACCUUCGAGAUGGUGACUGCCUCCUUCUCGACUCAGGUCCGUUUGGCCCGCCGCCUCCGACACCAGUUGUCACAAGUGGGGCUGCUGUGUUGCCAAUGUGGAUACUUGCGGGACUGUCUUUCAGAUACGUCCCUAUGCGCCUUCUGGUUUUCCUUCCUGCGGUCCAGGCAAUGCUCCAGUGGACGGACACUUUCAGGCCGACACGUCGUGACACGGUCGAAGUGGGCUCCUUCGCGUGGCGAGACGCAAGGUUUGACAGGACAUUUGAGGGGAUUGUCAGUCAGCCGCGGCUGCGGUGUGUCCUUUUGUGUCCUCUGACAGGCAUGCAAGGUCCGCAUGAGAUAGCUACGCGUACUGUUUACCCUGCGUUGCUCGGCCACUAUCAAGCUGUGCAUGGCGACUGGAUCCGGGAUGUUGUCCCAGUCUGGCCGGGGCUCUUUCGUGACCGUCUAGUUCUGGUACCUGAUAUCGGAGCCGACCCCAGGUGUGUUUGUAUCGUAGCGUGCCACUCGGAUACUGCAAGAGCAUUCUUGGUGCCCGGCCGUUGUACCUUUGACUGCCUUCUGCGGACACUACGCCACCUGUCGGGCUGGCCCAUCAUGCAUUUGGGAGUCUCCCCCGCUGUUCGCUCUUCCCUGCCGAACCCUCGCACCUGGGAACUGAACCUUCGCACUGCGGAUGUUCUAGAAGUAUUCACGGGUACGAAGGAUGUUAAUGCUUUUGCUCCGCAGAUGCCUCUCAGUCUCGUUUCUCAGGUGCGGUGGACCGCCCCCUUUGUGGUUGCUGAGACUGACUUAGUUGGUGUCUGGUCGCCGGUUCAUGGGGGUCCGAUUUUUACCCGGGUUGAUGGCGGUGCAUUUUGGACACCUGAGGACAGGACGUUUGAGGGCUCUUUCAGGAGCCGCUGGCCAGGUUCGUGGGUCCCUAUUCCAUGGCACCCGGGAAAUUGCGUGCACUUAAUGCAAGCGUCCACCAGUCCGGGAAGAGCGCAUAUUAUACAUGAAAGCCGCGAAGGGGUAGUGGCGCUUGCCUUCACUGCCCGUACUAGCCGUUCUGAACUUGCGGAAGAAUUACAUUCCUUGCCGGAGUACAUGGCUGUACUCGGCGCUACACCUGAAGACACCAUUGCACCCCUUGUUCUCCGGGACGGUGAUGUUGUACUGGACUCAUAUGUCUAUGAGCAGCGUUGGCUCUCUGUUUGGAAUCGUGGGCGACGCUGGGGGCUAGACGCCUCGGUCGGCCUCUCGAUUGCUCUGCUGAUCGCAGCCCGUCAGCCGUCCCUCUUCGGUCUUCUGGUCGGAGGUCUUCCCACUGCUGAGGCUGUCCGUCGUGGUCGGAGCCGAACUCCCAGCUCCGCACACUCGUCUGCUGACUCAGACGAUGACUUAAGCCCUCGAGCUAAUGCCUGGCGCCCUGAGCACCCACACCCUAUGUUGGAGGUCCUGUCAAGUGGUCAAGGCCACUAUCAUAUCCUCUCUCCCUUCCACAGCGGAGCUUUCCCGGCGUACUUUACGCGUGAGGUCGCGGGAACUACGUUGGACGGUCCCGGUGGCUCCCGGGCAGCCUUCAGUUCGUGCGUCCUCGGUGCAUGCCCGGUAAUGACCGAUGGGCGCCACCAGGAGCAGCACAUGUUCUCCAGCACCGUCCUUUUAGUGGAACACCGCCUCCGACGCGGCAUGGGGGAAGUGAUUCUCCGUGACGGUGACCGUGCCCUGCAUGAAUCCAUCCCAGGCGCUUUCAACUGUAGGCUACUGUCCCCCUUCGGGGUGAGGGGCGAUCCUGUUGUUGUCAUGCGACAAAACGACACUGUGGAAGAAGUCAGGAUGGCCUUGACGGGCUCUGAGCCGGUUUGGUCGCACGAAAUAGUUCCGGUGUGGCCGUCGCCCUCGCCCGACCAAUUGGUGUUUGUCCCCGUGGCCCCAUCACCCGCCAUGGCAUGCCUGGUCGUUCUCUCAGUUGAAUGGCAAAUGCCGGUGCUGAUCCCUAAUCGUGCCGAUAUGGCCUGGUUGUUGGAUUUCAUACGAGGUAUGUCGCCAGGCCCACUCUUCUCUCUCAGAGGUCCGCCUGCGGCGGUGGGUCCAGUCACUAGCGCCCACGAAGCCGUGCGUUGGAGGGAUGGGGAUCUGGUUCUGGCCUUUCCCACUGACUUCGAUGCCAGUGCGUUAGAGGUUCCGGUUUUUCGUGCUGAUGAACCGAGAGUGAAGUGGACCUUCCUCUGGUCCUAUGGAGACCAGGGCAGCGCCCGAUACGUACACGCGUUCGGUACCCUGGUCAGUGGAGCCCGGGCACUCGGUUGGAGAAGCUAUCUGGCUUUCCUGUUGCUUUUCGCUGACGCUUACUCGGCACAAGCGAUGAGGGAAGCUCCCCCUCGAGAUACCGGGCAGCCACGACACUGCCUCUGGUGUCCUGCGCAUGGGAGGCUGGGGCCCUUUCUGGACGCAGCCACAGCACUCUAUGCAACAGGCUGGAAUUCUCUUGAUGUUACCCUCGCCCCGGUUCGGCCAGCGCCGCUUUCUAUUGACAGCCAUUGGGUUCCGGGGCUGGGUAUUAGAGGGUGGGCCACAAUUCUGAUAGUCGGUGCACCAGCGCCGCGCGCACUGCUAGUGCCAACCCCACUAACCGCCCCGGCUUUACGCCAGCUCCUUCAGCCGCUGUUUGGGAGUGUUUACAGAUUCCAGGGCAAUGCGCCCGAAUUGUCGGUGGUGGGACCGGCUUCCCCACCUAUCCACCUCCAGGAUGGCAGCUGCCUGCGCAUUAUUCAGGAUGGCUGGGCACCGUCACUCGCUUUCCCAUUCUACCGUACCUUCUCCUCCCUCCGCAGCGCCGUCCGCUACGGCUUCUGGAGUGAUCGCCUCGAGAUUGCUGGUGGGGGCUGGAUCAUCCUGUGGCGGCGGGCUGAUACAAUACAUAGGAUUCUGCGGGCACAGUCGGGUCAACAGUGGCACCCCGAGCGAGGGGCUUUGUUACCGGCUAUGUCCGGGGAGCCGGAGGGCUGGUGGCCCUGGGAUCAAGUCUGGGACUCGGCUGACAUCAUCCAUAUGUCUCCCACGUCUACCAUGACCGCCGCAUCCCCACUUUCAGGAAGCCAGGUUCCUCGCGAGUCUGGCCUGCCGACUGCUACAAGCAACUCGGCCCGCUCUAACCCCGGUGGCUUGCCCUCACUUGUGUGUUGUGGCCUCCUUGCUGUCCCGUGGUGGCGAGGCCGCUCUCUGAAUGGCAGGGAGGCCACUGGGCUCCUUUGCAUCCUGGCGUGCUACCUCGCUGCUUGGGGGGCCCCUCUGCAAUGGCAUGAGGUCUCCAAAGGGACCUGGGAACUGGAUGUCGAGCCGACGUGCCAGCUUCAGGCACAGCUGCACCAAGGUUGGUGGUCUCAAGGCUUAGGAGACUUGUUACCCGGCUGUCUCUCUUCCGCCUACCAUACUGCUUGGCAAGCGUAUCCGGCAUGGGAAGGCGGGCCGCCAGAUAGCCUUCUCAUUGCCACAGAUGGCAGUGGCGAAGGCCCGGGGGCCUGGGCCUUUCUCGUCUGGGGUCUGUUUCGUCAUAAGUGGUUUCGUCUCGGCUGGGCCGCAGCUACACUACCAGUUACCCCUUGGUUGCCUGGCGAGUCCCGCAGCACGCACCCUGGGCUGCGCUCUUUCCAUAGUGAAUUGGCGGCUUUGCAAGCAGCAGGCCACUGGUGUGCCGCCAUGCUCGAUCUUUGGCAACUACGCAUGCGGCACAGGCCUACACAAAUCACUAUAGUGGUGGAUAAUUCCUCUGCCCUCCAGGUAGCGGCAGGACAAGCAUCAGCGGCGACCGCGCCUGCACAAAGAACCCGCCUAGCCUGGCAGGUAGUGCAGGCGCGCGUCACUACGCACUUCCGCCAUGUCCACAGCCAUGUCGGAGUCCUUGUCAACACACUCGCGGAUGCAGUCGCUGGCGUGGCUGUCACCGGUGAUUGCGACCUCUGGGUCUCACACCCGCACUUUCGUCUCCAGGCGGACUUGGACUUUGACCAUUUCCCAUGGCUAUGGGUUAUACCCCAGAGUCGGCUUCGCGAAGGGAGAGGGGUUUUCUCAAUUACUACGGGGCAGACUGACUGGCUGCCACCAGUCCCCAGUGAGGAUAAAAAGCAGGCAAGCACGUGCGCCGCCAACCGGCCUCUCGGGCCCCUACACCUUCUUACUGCCAAUAUACAGUCUAUCAAAGACCCGCGUCAGAGUGUUUUCAACCCCUCUGGUCACGGUGCCCGUCGCCAGUACCUUUAUAGGCAACUGCUCGAUAUGCACGCAGACAUAGUGUGUCUUCAGGAGACCCGGGCACCCGCGGGUCGGUGGGCUACCGGCGGAUGGCUCUCCUGGCGCUCCGGCGCUGAUCGUGGCCAGUAUGGUUGUGAAAUUUGGGUUCGACCUGACAUAGUUAGUCCACCACUCUCCUUGGCCUCGUGCAAGAUCUUGAAGGCAACGCCGCGUCUUCUUGUCAUCACCUGCGUUGAUGAGAGGCUUCCUCUCACCAUUUUCUCUGCUCACGCACCCCAUCAGGAUCGCCCCCUGCAUGAGGCUAAAGGCUUUUGGAGCGAGUUGCACCAAGCACUGCACCAAGCGCCUCGACUUCGCCCUCGACUUCUCGGCAUCGAUGCCAAUGCUGAUUUCUGCGCUCAGGACGCGGAAGAGCAAUGUAUUGGCUCACUCAUUGCUGCACACCCGCCAACCUCCAACGAUGAGUUCCUUUUUGAGUUCGUCACUGUUAACGGGUUAGACUCCCCCGCUACUUUCCCGGAAUACCAAGCCGGACAGGGGUGGUCCUGGGAACAUACGGGCGGUAAACGCAAGCGUUUGGAUCAUUUGCUUUUCAGUACGGGGGAUUGGCAGCACCAUAGCACUGCCCAAGCCUGGGAUUUCGACAUAGUCAAUUCCUACAGGGAUCAUGUUGCUCUAAGGUCUCGCUCUACCCUGUUUCGGCCAAGCCCUGUGGGGCGCACAGCUCGUCGUCGGGCGGUGCUGGGAGGACCUUUUGUUGAAGAGUUAGGGCGACACUUUUGGGAGCAACUCCCAUCUCCCCAUGAGACGGCCAUCAGCAGUGGUGAAGCGGUGUUCACCUUGCAAGAUGCCUAUCGGAAGUUUGCACAGCAACACGCUAGUUCCAGGGUCCUUAAGGUCCGUCAGCCGUACUUGGCCCCUGAGACCGUGCGUUGCUUGUAUCAGCUCCGCGACUGGCGGUGUCAGCUUCGACAUUCCCGGAAACUGCAUCGGCAGCAUACAUGCCGCUGGGCGAUAGCCCGUUGGCGCCGACGCCCUCGGUCGAUCCGCCUCCAGCAUUUGGCCGAUCUGCGCAUGGCUCGCCACUAUACGGCGGCCCUUGCUUUUCAAGAAGCUAAGACCCAGGAUUAUGUUCAUGGGUUGGCCAGGAAGGACAAACAGGCGCACUUCCUGGCAUUGACCACUGCAGCCCUUCAGCAUUGGCACGCCCAUGGUCGUCCCAUGGAGUCCAUCAAUCACCUCAAAUGGGCUUCUAGGAGAGCUGCUGAACGCAGGCAGGUCUAUGCGGCUGGAGGGUACGACAUAGACGAGGCUCUCGAAGAACAAUUUCGGCUCCAAGAGGCCGGAAUCCGCACGGACACUGCACAGGUUGGUGCCGCAACCAGGUCCUGGCUGCGCAGGGAUGCCCUCCCCUGCACACAGGCGGUCCCUUCCCUCCUUCAGGCGGAGGACAGCUGCCGCCGUCAAGCGCCCAAUAAGGCCCCAGGACCCGAUGGGGUACCUAAUGCAAUAUGGCACCACUUCCCGGCUCAGGCGGGACGCUGGGUCUGGGCGGUUAACACAAAGAUAGCGUUGAGUGGCCAUGAACCGUUUGGGUUCAAAGAAGCACUAUACUUUGCACUUUACAAAAAAGGCCCGGCCGCCAUCCCGGCCAACUAUCGCGCUAUUGCCCUUCUCAAUGGGGUGGCAAAAAUUUGGCACAGCCACCUCCGGCGGACAAUCGGCAAGAACGUGCUGCAGGGUUAUGCUGACACCCAGCUUGGAGGGAAACCGGGCGUGCCAGUGAGUUUUGCCGUAGCGGCCUACAGGGCAGCCAUUGACCUGAGCACCCAACUACAGCGCAGUACUGCGGUGCUGUUUGUUGAUAUUCAGGCUGCAUAUUAUGAAGUGAGUCGUCAGCUUAUCUUCUGUGGUGAUGCUGCCCUCACGCCCAGUGAAGAUGCUAGUCGCCCCGACCUCCGACAUCUUACCCAACUAGUUGACGGUCUUCUCUCUAAAGGGGCGUUAGAGCAGAUAGGGAUGGUUAGGGAGGAGCGCGAGUUACUACAGGACUGUGUAGCUUUCUCCAGAUGGAGCUUGGCUGGCUCCGCCUCUUCCUUCAUCGCAACUCGAGGCUCCCGACCAGGGGAUGGGUUAGCAGACAUUCUCUUCGGAGCGUUGUUCUCUGUCGCACUCCGGCAUAUUCAGGCAACGUGCCUCCAGGAAGGCAUCUCUCUUCAGGCAGCGGGCAGUUUUGUCGGAGCUUCUGAUGAGGUGCUUCCAUUAGGCUGGGCAGACGAUCUUGCCAUUUUAGCGGAUUUUGACUCGCCUCGCCAACUCCUUUGCCAACUGCCUCGGCUCGCUACCAUCGUGCUUGCGACCCUCGACGUUCUGCGCUUCCGAGUAAACCUGGCUGCUGGGAAGACCGAGAUCCUGGUCGAUGUACGAGGUCCGGAGGCUAAAAUAGUCCGUGGCGAGCUGCUGGCUCCGCCUUCUCUACUACGUUUGCCUUCCGGUCAUGCUGUCCGGUUAGCCCCGGAAUACCGGUAUCUCGGGGUGGUUCAAACUCCCAGGGAUAAUGGCCGGCGGGAUAUGGAAUUGGCAGCACAACGAGGCCACUCCGCAUGGUCUCAUGCGAAGAGUCUGCUAGCCUGCCAGUCACUGCCGUGGCGACUUAAGCAAGCGUGGCUUGCCGGCCGGGUGCUCCCAGCGGCCUAUGCUACCCUCUGCACGUCGCUUGCCGUCUCUGAACGGGCAGUCAGCCCACUUACCGGUUUCUUCGAAAGGGCGGCGAGACAAUUGAUUGGCUCAUGGAAAUUUGGACAUGUGUUGACCAAUCCCUUGUUGGUUCUGCUCAUGGGGUUAUCGUCCCCUGGUGACGCGUGUGCCAUCGCCAGAACCCGGCUGGUGGUUCAGUUAGUUACACGCGCCCCGCCACGAGUGGGUGAGCUUUUUGCAGCAGCCUGGGAUAGGGCCACGCCAUGGUGCUCCCUUCUUGUUGACGCGUGCCAGCAAGUCGCAUCUGGGCUGGUUGGCCACCUAUCCCCGACGCAUGUCACUCGCCAGUACAUCGCCCAGCAUGCCGUCAAACUCCAGAGUGUCUGUAGGCACCUCAGCCGGUAUGGUUCAGCGUAUCGAGCGCUUCAUGCACUGUGGCGGGAUGUCGUGGUUCCCAAGGUCGUUCAGGUUCUUGGCGUGCCGCAGCCCAGAGUUUGUGGACUUUGCGGCCUCAGCUUCCCCAGCCUGCAUGCCCUUGCCGCGCAUGUCCACCGCAAGCAUUCCGUUGUCAAUAGCCUGACUCGGUAUACGAAUGGGACAGUUUGCCUAUGGUGUCAUUGCGACCACCACUCGACCGACAGGUUAAAAUAUCACUUGAAGGUGACUCCAGCGUGCAUGCACGGACUUCGUGUCACUGUCGGGCAAGCCUACGUCUAUGGUACAGGGACGAAGCGAUCUGGUGCUAGGGGCCACCGAGGCUUACCUGCUACGCGCCUCCCUGGGCCUAUUAAUGCCACACCGGCUCAGAGAGCGGCUUCCCUGGCCGAGAUCCCAUGCACGGAAGAUGACCUGUGUCAAGAGCGACUGGCGAUAGUGGGGACACAUGAGCUCUAUUCGUGGCCGGAAGAUCCGGCACCACUUGCCGAUGUUCUGCCGGCGGACACUACGGAUGUCUCAGCUCGCGGGCCGGGUGCUCCAGCUCUAACGCCGGUCGUCAGUCAACUGGAAGGGACUCUUCACUGGUUUGCCAUUGAGGCCUUGAAGGCCGUCCAGACUGGUCAGUUCCCUCUCCGCUUUGGCGGGGUAUGCUCCAUCGGUUUCAGCCUCUGGCCCGAGACACCUACCAGCGGUGAGGCGGUGCAGGCCGAGGUGGGCCUCCCACGUGUUCAGCGGCAGCGGGUCUGCCUGGCCAAGCAGUUGGUCUACAUGCAGGGUGGUAUGAUUGUACGACGGGGGUUUGGCCUCAAAUGGUGUCAGGUACGCUUUGUUCAUGAUGUGCAGCAGUGUGCCGCAGCCCAGGCCGCCUGCACAUGUCUUUGCCGGUUGGCAGUUGGAUUUUGGCUACACUUCGUCAGAGUACUUCCGGAAGCAAAGUCUCCCUUCCUCCAUCAGCGGGUGGCGGCAUCUUGGCGUCCUGCACACCUCUCUAUGUGGGCUCUCGCUACUUUGUUGUUCGAAUCGGGCGCGUCGGAGACGCUUGAGCUGGGCUACCCCGAGGACGUUGCAGCG